CAAUGGCGGAAAUACAGAUCUCUGAAAUCCACCUCACACUUCCACCCUACAACCACUGGACAGACUAGGUUUUCUCUUGAAUGGAGACACCAGUCGCGUAAGUCAGCUGCUGUUUUCAGCUACACACGGUGGGCUGCCUCAAAGAAACGAUGUCACGGUGUCGAAGUACCGGGCAGGAUCGGUAAAGAGGACGGACAGCCAGCCAAUGACCGCGCUGACGGUGUCCUGUCACUGACAGCCUGCCUCGUUUAACACCGACAUAUGGCCCUGCUCCACAGCAGUUUGACAGAGACAACAUAAGACGACACCAGCAUCAUGUUCCUGAAAACAUCGUUCACCACCCUGAUUGUAGGGGUGUUUGUGGUGUAUGUGCUUCACACAUGUUGGGUGAUGUAUGGGAUAGUGUGCACUAAACCCUGCAGCAGCCCUAAAGGGGACAACUGUAUUACACCCUUCCUGGCAGGGAACCCGAAACUACAGUUGAGUAUCUACACUGCACUGCGGCCCAAUGCAGAGGGAGGACACACACUGAUCCACAAAGAGGAAGAGUUUGAUGUCAACAGCAAAUUUGAGAGGAUAGUAAAUGUGUCCUUGCCCAAGAAGACAAGAAACAAUGGAACUUUAUACGCACUAAUAUUUGUCCAUCAAGCUGGCUUCACUCCAUGGCAGGAUCCACGUCAGGUCCACCUGGUGGCUCAGCUCACAACCUACAUGGUCCCUAAACAGCCUGAAAUCUCUUUGAUAUCCGGGGAGGAUCAAACACAGGGUCAUAAAGAAGAAGACCAGCAGAAGAAACGGCGUGAUGGUAAGCCAUCAGUAGGGGACAGUUCUACUUCCAAGUCAGAUCACCCGGUUUGCCACUGGCGCUCUCGUCUGACUCUCAACAUUGUCGGGGACCACUUCCUGUUUGACAGAGAAAACCUGCCCAGUGAUGUCCACAGAUACCUCAGAGUAUUCCAAAAUGGUAAGAAAAUGGUUUAUCUACCUCUACUGUUUGUUGAUGAACUCAGCAACCGGGUCAAGGACCUUGUGGAGAUCAACACCACCUCCAUGGAGCUUCCUCUGACCAUCUCCUACGACUCAAUCUCUCUGGGGAGGCUACGAUUCUGGAUUCAUAUGCAAGAUGCGGUUUACUCUCUGCAGCAGUUUGGUUUCACAGAAAAGGAUGCUGAUGAGAUUAAAGGAAUCUUCGUGGAUACAAACCUUUACUUUCUGGCUUUGACGUUCUUUGUUGCUGCUUUUCAUCUUCUCUUUGACUUCUUGGCGUUCAAGAACGACAUCAGCUUCUGGAAACAGAAGAAAAGCAUGGUGGGAAUGUCAAGCAAAGCUGUGCUCUGGAGAUGUUUCAGCACCAUUGUGAUUUUCCUCUAUUUGUUUGAUGAGCAGACCAGCCUGCUCGUCCUUAUACCUGCUGGCAUUGGCUCUAUCAUUGAAGUAUGGAAAGUGAAGAAGGCCUUUAAGAUUCAGGUUUUCUGGAAAGGAGGAAAACCAACAUUCCUGUUCGGAAAGUUAGAUGAAUCAGAGAGAAGAACAGAAGAGUAUGACACUCUGGCCAUGAAGUAUCUCUCAUACCUCCUGUACCCACUGUGUAUCGGUGGGGCUGUGUAUGCUCUAAUAUUCCUACGGUACAAGAGUUGGUACUCGUGGUUGAUCAACAGUUUGGUUAAUGGUGUUUACGCCUUUGGCUUCCUCUUCAUGCUUCCUCAACUGUUUGUCAACUAUAAGUUAAAAUCUGUGGCUCACCUCCCAUGGAAAGCUUUCAUGUAUAAGGCAUUCAACACCUUCAUUGAUGAUGUGUUUGCCUUCAUCAUCACCAUGCCAACAUCCCACAGACUGGCCUGUUUCAGAGAUGACGUAGUGUUUCUCAUUUAUCUCUACCAGAGAUGGCUCUACCCAGUGGACAAAACAAGAGUAAAUGAAUAUGGAGUUUCUUAUGAUGAAAAGCCCAAAGGAAAGACACACAAGGACUAACGAGGAGAGACAGUCUGUUUGCUUCAAAGAUGUGAUACCUUCAGGUUCUCUAUACAGUUCACUGGCACCCAUUCAUCUUAUUUGGCAUCAGUUCAACUGGUUUAUAACAUCCUGAAGGCAUGUUUUGUUUUUGGUCUUUAUGUUGAGUUGUGCCAGACUCUACAACCUCCAUCUGGGAAUUUUCUCCUCAUCUCAAAGUCAAAAUUGUUAACUGGUCAACUUCUGACAACCUGCCUUUUGGCUUCCAGAGGUGUCCUUUUUUUCUUUCUUGGGUAGUGUGGGACAAGACAGGAACAUCAGUGAACUGAACCUCUCUUCAUACAGUGGCAAAUUCUUCAAAACAGACACAUGGUAAUAUGUAUAAGAACACAUGAGUUAAUGUGUAUGAACACACUGGUGACUAAAGUUUGAUUACUUCAACAGUAGUUAUUUUUUGCCACAUGAGGCCAGUAAGCCAUAAAUCCUCUCCUUUAUUUCUUAAACAUAUUAAUUUACUAAAAGGGAUAUUUAUACUUUUAAAUAUUCAAUAACUGACAUAAUAUUUCAUAAUCUUAUUUUAACAGCACAUAUCUUGGACAUCUGAGCUUUCAGUAAAGUCGGAGUUUUUCAAUCAUGAUUAAUCUUGGAUCUGAACUGAAUUUCAUACUGAAGUUUCAAACAGUUGAUAAUUAUGAAAUAAAAUGAAAGAUGAAUUUGACAUAAAGACCAGAAUCAAGUUAGGUGAAAUUUACAUAAGUGUAUUUUAGUAAAAUAUUAUUUGUUGGGGAAUUAAGAGUUGCUUUCUAGAAUUAAAUUGAAUUAUGCUAAUAAUGUUUUAGAAUAUUUCAACGUGUUGGCAUCUUGAAUUAUUUAUCAUCAUUUAUAAAUGUAGUGAGAGUUUAUUCAAAGAAACAUUCCAGAUUGAAAUGAAGGAUAAUAUUUAACAGAUGAUGCUGCAGUCAUUGGAAAUACAACCAGAAAGUAGAAAUAAAUAUUUUUGAAUUGCAACACUAACUAUUACAAAUUUUAAGAUUCAAUUUUCCACCUCCGCACAUUCCACUGUAUAAGAGAACAAGCAAAAGAGUCCCAAUUCGUAGCCAUGGUAACAAGAAUGAAUUACCUCAAGGUUCAAUAAUUUUGACCAACAGUAACAGCCGGGAAAAGAAUCCAAUUUGUUGUCAUGGAGAUGGAUAGAACUCUUCUAAAUAUUCUGGAAUCUGUGUAGCUGAACUAACACAGUCUCAUUGUCACACUGGCUUAAUAGAUACUUUAAAUGACACCAAUUUAUGACACUGUUAGGUAAAACAACAACCAUCCACUCUUUUACCUGCUCUAGUAUUUUUUACACAUCAGGGCCAAUAAUCUUUUUAGUGCCAAAUGUGAGGAUUAUUCUUUGAACUUUGAAUGUUCACUGUAAAUGGUCGAUUUGUUUUUAAAGAAACACUGACAUUUUAGGGAAAAUGGUAAAAGGGGGAACUCAAAGAAAGUAUUAUAACAUCUGUUUUACAGUUGCAGUUUUUUGCCAUAGCUCAUGAUGUUAUAGCUUUGAGUUUUUUAUAGAUAUAAUUUACUUUCCUACAUUCAGAUAUCAGGAUUAGGUUGAUGCACAAUGAUCUAGUGCAGGUUUUCUCUUGUGUAUAAGCAGCCAGGAGAGGUUUGCCAGAAAUUUGCCUUGAAAUGUUUUUACAUAUUGAAAUGUUUUUUUUUUUUUUGAGAUGAAAUAAAAAUGACUGACUUGUGAUUUGUUGUGACUUGAUUUAAAAAAAUAGAAGUAUUUGUCUAUAUAGAUUUAGAAAUUCUUUACAGUUUUUGACCCACUCACACUUUAACUCUACAAGUUCUUCAUAUAUAUUGGGUACUUGAAGUUUUUGUGGAUGAACAUUACCCUAACCAUCAUUUUGCCCACAAUCUAAACCAUGUUCUUCAGCCACUGAAUUCAUGUACCAGGCAAAUCCCUUACAUUGUUGAGAAUACCAAGACACAUGUAACCCAUUUAUUGCAGCUUGUUCCUCUCCAGAUUCUCUUAACUUUACCCAGUAGGCCAAGGAUUCUGAACUUUAAGCAUUUCAUAUGUAACAGUAAUUCAUUAGCUUCCUCUAAUAGCAGUUACUUUAACUGUACUGAAUCUUAGAGCUCUUAAAUGUAUUCUGUAUAGUUUUCUAAGUUGCUUUUUGCUGCUUCACCAUAUACCAUGCAUCUCCAUUCCAUGACCAAAUCAAAGCCUAAAAAU